CAUCCGAUUAAAAGUGAAAAGGUUUCUCCACUUCUGAAUGACCCUGAUGAUAGCAGAUUUAAUUCAGUUUUGUCUUGUGCUUCAUGCUUGUCGAAAGGUAACCAGUUGUGUUUCUCUUUCUUACUUUGCCAGCCAGUACAAUCUCUUUUCAACAAUGCUUUUUGACAUUAAAAGAAUACUAAGUGACUGCGCAGUUUAAACCAACUUUUGCAGUGUGCUCUUAUUUGUAUGACAACCGAACAUUCUCUGACUCGAUGCUCAGAGAAUUAUCUUCCUGUUUUGGUAGAUGUGUUCAGGUGAUAACCAAUCUAAUGGGGAGGUCAGUGGAAGGACUUGGGAUGACCACAUCUCACUAUGGAUAUUAUUUAUUAAUGUAUGCUCUUUGCAGCAUUUUCUUCUGUGAAGUCGCGCACAUUGACACAUUAUUAUGGGUUAGUUCUGACUGCAAUUAUAAAUGGAUGAGUCUGGGAUGUUUCAACUCGGAAUGCUAAAGAGACAGCUGAAAUCUGCCUAUAUUUUUUUAAACACUUUAUUCACAUCUCACACUCGGCUCAUUGUUGUUAAUUCUUAGCACCCUCCUUUAAUCACUUUCAUUUGAAAAGUAUGAAACCUUUUGGCAUCUCAGAUGUGGCUGUUUUAUCAUCCGUGGUCAAAUCUUUUCAUUUUUUCAGCUAAACUUUAAGAACAUUUAUGUUUAUUUCAAUGUUAAAGAACUAGAGCUCUGUACAAUGUAGUAAAAAAAAAUCUACAUGUCAUCUCAAUUCCUUAUUGAUAUGUUAUUGAACAUAUGUUGCAGAGAAUGUAUAUUGCAGUUUUAAAUGAUAUUUCAUUCAUUUAUUAGUUUAAGUCAUAUUAUGUCAAGUGCUUGUCUUUUUUCCCAUCCAAUAAUCAUGAUCCACAAAGUUCUAAAAUAUGCAAAAUAAGAUAUUAAAAUCUCAGGAAGUUCACCACUUUGAGAUGUCAAACUGUUGGUCAUAACAUCACUGUUGAUUGAAAAUUUCACUGUCCUGCUUUCCUUAUUUUUCUCGCUAUCUCAUGUAGUCCCCCCCUCCUCUCACACAUCUCCACCUCUCUCGGACGGUCUGGUAAACACGACUCCCUCUUUCACUCUCAUGGUGUUGUUUUUCUCAUUGCUCUUGUGUUCCUCUCCUUUCCCCCACCUUUCGCCCCGUUACUGCACUGACAAUGUCAGGUGCUGGCCGGGAUGAUAGCAGAGCCCGCUUUUCUCUCUGAGUAUACUAUCUUUGCUUUGGACCAUUCAAAACGACCCAAAACGGCCCAGGUAGCCAGUGUGAGUUCUACGAAAGAGACAACCAGGUCUCCCAGAGGCAGCAUCAAUGGAGACGGCACCGCUUCUCCUAACAGAGAAGAUCCGCAGUCAUUUGCCCAAAAGCUUCAGUUACGUGUUCCCUCGAUGGAAUCUUUGAUUCGCACCGGGGCCAGUCGGGCAGAGAACCUGUUUCGCUCUCCAUCCAAGGAAAAUCUGGUUCGAAGCGCCUCGCGAGAAUCCCUGACUCCUGUUGGAGAAAACGAGGCCACUGGAGCCCCCACGUACGAUCCUCCUUCUGAUAUCGAGAGCGAAGCAGAGGAUCAGUCAGGAAAUACAGACUCACUUUCCAAAGAGCAGUUGAUUCACAGGAUGCUACGUGUGGAGAGGAGCCUCGGGAAGUACAGAGGAAAAUACUCAGAACUGGUCACCGCCUAUCGAACUGUUCAGAGGGACAAAGAGAAAACGCAGGCAAUUCUCAGUCAGAGUCAAGAUAAAGCCCUUCGAAGAAUCGGGGAGCUUCGGGAGGAGUUGCAGAUGGACCAGCAGGCCAAAAAACAUCUACAGGAAGAGUUUGAUGCUGCAUUGGAGGAGAAAGAUCAGAUGAUUACUGUCCUCCAAACACAAGUUGCUCUCUUAAAGAAACGGGUUAAAGUGACGUCAGAGGAUGCGUUGCCCCCUGAUGGUGAGGCCGCCAUGGCAGACGAAUCUGCUAGUCCAUCUAAAGACCAGGUUUUGGAGUCUGAAAUCACUGAAGAAGAGGGCAACAGUGAUCCUGUCAAGCUGGUGGAAACGCUCCAAAAGAGAGUCAAAAGGCAAGAAAACCUGCUGCACAAGUGCAAAGAUGUGAUGCGGACACACAAGGAGCGAAGCGCCCAACUUAGCAGCGAGAAUGAAACUUUGCAAGAACAACUGCAGGAGAGACUGCAGGAGCUGGAGAAGAUGAAGGAGCUGCACACUGCAGAGAAGACAAAGCUCAUCACUCAGCUGCGGGAUGCCAAGAAUCUUAUUGAACAACUGGAGCAAGACAAAGGAAUGGUCAUAGCUGAGACGAAGCGGCAAAUGCACGAGACUUUAGAGAUGAAAGAAGAGGAGGUCGCACAGCUACGUUCCAGGUUGCAGCAGGCUACUACUCAGAAAGAAGAGUUGCAGGAACAGAAAGAGAAGGCUGAGAAAUCAGCAUUUGAGGAGCUGGAGAAAGCUUUGGCUGCUGCUCAGAGAGCAGAGGAGGCCAGAAAGCAGCUGCAGGUUCAACACGAGGACCAAAUAAAACAAGUUGAAAGGGCCAGUGAGGAGGAAAGAAAGAGUUUGCAACAAGAACUGACACGUGUUAAACAAGAGGUUGUCAGCAUCAUGAAGAAGUCCUCUGAGGAAAUGGUGUCCAACAUGGAAAAGGCCCACAGUGAAACUCUGGCUGCAAAAGAAGAGGAAAUAAAUGUUUUGGUCAGCAAAGCCGUGGAACAAUGCAAGGAGGAAUUUGCUCAGAAACUCAAGGAGCAUGACCAGCAAUCUGUUUUGGCCCUUGAGGACGCAGAGCUGCAGAAGACAGCCAUUAGGACAGAGUCUGAGAAUAAAGUGAAGGAGAUUGAGCUAGAGCUUGAAGCAGCGAAAACUAGAGUGUUGGAGCUGGAGAGUUCUCUGGAAAAAGCCUCUGAGGAUGGAACAAUGCUGUCAAAUGAUCUUAGCAGUCAGUUGGAUGAAUUAAAGGAUAAGCACAAGCAACAAGUCUCUGCAUUAGAAGAAGAGCAUCAGUUGCAGCUGCAAAAGCAACAGGAGACCAUGUCUCAGCAGCAACAUGUCGCUCUAGAGGAGCUAAAGGAGAAACAUCAUGCUGAAUUAGAGACCCUUCUGAAAGAAAAAGAGUCGCAGUUCCAAGCACACGUUGAAGAAAUCAACCAGAAGACAUCGGAUCAAUUGGAUGCUCUUGCCUCUGAACUAGUGAUGGCCGUGCUUACGAAACAGGUGUUGGAGGAGAAGUUGGUGGCUGCUGAAAGUGCUCAUUGUCUUGCACAACAGGAGCAGGCGGAAAAACACAAUGCUGAGAUUUUAAGUAUCAAACAGGAGCACCAGGACUUGGUGGGGGCUCUGGAGAAAACUCUAAAAGAAGAGCUGAAUGAAAUGAAACAUGUUUUGGAAGAAAAGGAGAAGGCCAUUGAAGCUAUGGUCGUGGGAGAGAAAGAACUAAAGGAGGAGUCACAUUCCACUCUGGAACAGCUAAGUGUGAAGGUUCAGGACCUUGAGGAUCUUCAGCAGCGUUUCUCACAACUGCAGUUGGAAAAUGCUAACAUAAAGGAAUCCAGUGAACAACUUUCUCAGCUCUCUGAGGAGCUUGCUCAGUGUAAGAAUGACUUGUCAGAGCUGCAGCAUCAAUUAGAUGUUGCAAAUGAUGUACGUCAACAGAACGAAUCAUCAGUCAAUGAAUUGGAGCAGAAAUUACAAGAGACCAAAAAUGUACUUUCAGAAAAGGACACUGAAGUUGCAGAGCUCGGCGUUAAGCUGGAAGAGCAAACAAAGCUCAAGAAAGAACUAGAAGACGACAAUGCUGCUCUUGAAAAGAAGAUGAAGAACACCAUAAACGAGAUGGAGGCGAAGUUGAAAAGUCAGGAGACCAAGAUGGAGAAGUUCAAACACAAAGCCAAAGAAAUGCAGGAGAACUUCAAGAAGAAGCUUCAGCAGAAUGAGGAGAAUAUGAAGAGGGAACUAGCCAAAAAGGAGACAGAGCUUCAGCAAAAAGAGCAACAGGUUAAAGAUAAAAUACUAGAGAUGGCCCAAAAAAGCUCUCAAGGUCUCAGCAGUGCAUUAUCAGAACUGGAGGAGAACCAUAAAGAGGAGUUGGAGAAACUGGCUGAAAAUCAUAACCAGGAGAUUAAUUCCCUUGAGAGUCGUUGGAAGGAGAAGAUUACGCAGCAGGAGGAAGAAAUGAUGGAGAAAAACUCACAGAUAAUUCAAGAGAAGACACUUGAGCUGGAAGAGUUGGCUGAGAAACUGAGACAAAGCAAAGAGGAAAAUGAAAGCGUGUCAGGUGAACUGAAGCAGUUGAAGGAAGAGCUUGCUGUUCGGGAGUCCACCGUGCAGAAGCUAAAAGAAGAUCUUGAGAGUGCUUCUGCUAAUUUAGGAAGUUUGUCCCAGGGUGAAAGAUUGCUAAAGGAGCAAAGUGAAUUGUUGCAAAGAAACCUCAAUGAGGCAGUGAAUGAAAGAAACACCCUGCAGGACAAGCUUAGCCACACAGAGAUAGAGAGCAGUGAGAAGUUACAGAAUUUGUCCGUGCAGUUGGAGGAAAUGGAGAUGAAGUUGGGUCACCUAGAAGGUUCCCGAAGUAAGGAAAGUGAAGACAUGCUCAAUAAGUAUAAGGAAGCAGAACUGAAGGUCCAAGCCAAGGAGGCCGAGUUUCAGCAGCAGGUGGAAAUGUUCAACAACCAAAUGGCUCUUUAUUGUAAGCAGGUCCUUUCCAAAAUAGACAGUGAAUCUUCUGAGCUAAGUCAAACUGUUGAGCGACGCGUAAGGGACCUCACUGAGCGACUACAAUGUAGUACUGACAAGAUAGGGCCUCUUAGGAAUUUUCUUUUUGAUAAUUUAGAUAAAAUUUGCACUUUAGAGAAGAAUCUCUGCCUUCAAACGGAGGAGAAUAAGAAUCUAUGCAUUUCAGUGGAACAGACGACGUCUCAGGUAAAUGCUCACCUGGAGCAGAUCGAUGCCUUAACUCAAGAAAAAGAUACUUGCAUGCGGUCCAUUCAUGAGAAGACACAGAAGAUUGAGGAGUUGAGCGAAGUGAACCGAGUCAUAUCAGACAGCAUAAAAACAAAUGAGUUCCAAAUCAGUGAUUUAGAAAGCAUCAUCAGCGACUUGAAGAAUCAACUCGCCAGUAGCAUCAAAGAGAAGGAGGAAGCCAUAAAUCAGCUCAACCAGCAAUAUGAAGAGGAGAAGCGAAAGGCGCUUGCUCAAAUGGAGGAGACCAUUGAGAAAUUAAAGCAGGAGAGGAUAUCGGCAUUAGAAGAAGCUGGGUCAUUCAGGAUGAGUCUGUCGGAGAAUGACAACAUCAUUGCAUCACUUAAGACCCGAGUACAAGAACUUGAGAGAGACAUUACUGAAAGGACAGCUGCCUUGGAAGAGCUGAAAGCCAGUUUAGACAAUCAGUCCAUCAGCAAGUCUGAGAUGGACCAGGUGUUAAGUGAGAAAGAGCAGAAGGUCAGCGGUCUCACUGUGGAGCUUGAGAGCUGCAACAGUCGCUUGGAUGAGCUUCAGGAGCACUUAGCCUUAAAGACAAAAGAGUGUGAACAACUCAUAACUGACCUUAAACAACAACAAAAUAUCAGGGAGAAUGAGAAAAAGGAGUUUGUGGAGCAGCUGCAACAAUAUCAGACGCAGUCCACGCAGAACAGCGGUCUGCAGCAGGAAAUGGCAGACAAGCUGCGGUCACUGGAGGAAGAUAACCUUAAGUGCAAAAAUGAACUUCAGAUUCAGAGGGAUGAGUUUGAAAGGUUCAAAGAUGAGAUGAUGAGGAGUAAAGAGGAGAGCUUGAAAGAAACGGAGGAGAGAUUAGCGUCAGAAAGCACUCGUAAAGUGUCUGAUCUGAAGAAGAAAGCCGAGCAGAAAAUCGCUCAAAUAAAGAAACAACUAACCAAUCAACUGGAGGAAAAAGAGCAAGCUGUUAGGACUCUGCAGGAAAGUUUGGGUGAAUCCCAGAAAAAUGAAACCUCAAGUAAAGAAUGUAUUGAAACACUGAAAGAAAAAAGCAAAUCGCUGGAGGAAGCCCUUGCUGAGUGUAAAGCAGAGCAAGAAAGCCACCUGGAACAAAUUUUAAGCAAUGAAAGGCUGUUGAAGGAGAAGUCACUGGACGAUUUAAAGAACAUGUAUGAGGAGAAGCUGUCAUCAUUGAGGAGUGAGAAGGCUCAGCAAGAAGAGAUGAAACAAACCGAGCUGCUACAAGAAAUUGAUUCAAAGCUGAAAGAGGUUGAGAAAGAAAACCAAAACCUUGUUGAAGAAAUAAGUCGGUUAAAGCAGCAACUAGAAGAGAAGAAUGUCCAGAUUGAUCAGCAACAAGCCUCAUUGAUCCAGAUCCAAAAUGAGUCAGUGCAGAAGGUUGAAUCACACCAGACAAAGAGUAUAAUGGAGAAUGAGGUGGAAAAUCACUCAACAUCACAAGGCGUUGAGUAUGAGACUGUGGAGUCUCAAAAGGACAAAGUGAAUCAGCUGAAGAGUGAAAAGGAAAAAAUCCAGAAGGACUUCAACAGGUUACAAAAGGACAUCAGGACACUGAGGAAGGAGCACGAGCAAGACCUGGAAUACAUGAAGAAAGAGCUGAUGGAGGAGAACGAGAAACGGCUGAAGCUGGAGCUGGAAGAUGCUGAAAUGAAGCACAAUUCUGCAAUCAAGCAGCUGAUGAGGGAGUUCAACACACAACUGGCCUUAAAGGAAACAGAGAUUGAUACAGCAGUUAAAGAAACUAUUGCCAAGGCACAGAGCGUGGAGACGGAAUUGCUCAGUAGCCACCAAGAAGAGACGGCUCAGCUGAAGAAGGUGAUUGCCAUGAAGGAGGACGAUUUGCAAAGAACCGUUCAGAAAUAUGAACAGGUCAUUCAGAGUCGAGAGGAGGAGAUGGGCGACAGAGUGUGGCAAGUUCAGAAAGAACUGGAGGAGUUGCAAGCAAGGAGCCGCGGCGCUAGUGAGAUGAGCACAGAUGAGCUACAGGCCCAACUUGCCGAGAAGACAUCUCUACUGAGUGAAGCGCGUCUGAAGGAGCAGGGAUUUGUCGAGAGAAUUCACUCGCUUGAGGACAAGAUAAAGUUUCUCCACCGUGGCACAGUUGUAACUCAUCUUGGAAGCACAUACAAAGAUUUGGGGCACAACAGCAUGGAUUCUCUCACUGAGGCCACUGAGAUGGAGUAUCUGAGGAAGGUCCUGUUUGAGUACAUGAUGGGACGAGAGACAAAAACAAUGGCCAAAGUCAUCACCUCCAUGCUGAAGUUUCCUCCAGACCAGGCUCAGAAGGUACUAGAGAAAGAAGACACAAAGCCAAUGUCAUGGUUGCGAUGAUCACAGAGAGGUUCAGCUGGAGGCCACCAUGCUGCUGCUGCUGCUGCUGCUGCUGCUGCUGCUGCUGCUGAAGGGAACGACUGCCACGGAUUCCUGAUCAAACCCUUCUCCACUUCUCUUUGUUUUAUUAGUGUCCUUGUCUUGGUAUAAGUUGGGUUUUUUUUUAUGCGAGUCUGAAAGGUGCAGAUGUUUGUGUGUAUGAAAAAUCACACAUUAUGAGGGACUGCUUUUGGGAAACACAAAUCUUCCAUAUAUCCUGUUUUGCUUUAAAAUAUGUUUUAAUUUAUACAUUUUAGAUGACAGCAAUGCGGUUUCCACUUUAUUUGUGUGCAAUAAAUAACUGAAAUGACGGUCCGUUGAUUUAUGUUCCUGUGCUUUGUCUGAAUCACUUCCUGUGUAAAACUGUAGACGACCCUUUAACUGUGCACUCGGUAAGGUAUGGGCCGCUCCUCCGUGUCGCUCUGCUUUUCUAUGCUUUCUAUUUUAUCACCCUCAAUACAGGACUGUAAAUUGUAUUAUGAUCGCUGAAACUUGGACUCUACUGUUGUCUAUACAUUUUCAGAUUAACAAUUAAAAUUGUUAUUUAAAGAA